AUGCAUGUGAAUCAUGCCCGAUUUUUAGUUAAUGGAAACUGCGGUUAUGUUUUAAUGCCGUUAUACAUUCGGACAUUAAGAGAAAAUAUAAUCGAUGUAUCAACAUCAAGUAUGAUAAUAAAACUUAAAGUCCGCCCACUUUAUACACGACUUAAAGCCUGGAAGAUUCUUGCUUUUCGUCACAUUCGAACAAUAUCAGCAAAAAGUAUAACCAAAGCACGUGUUUUUAUGCAAUUAAUUAGCACUCUAUUGAAUGGAACAUCCACUACAUAUUCAAGUAUCAUAAAGGGUCCAUGCGGAAUAUGGAAAGCUUGUCAUAAUGGACGUGAUUUACAACCGUUGACAUUUCAGUUUGUAUCGUCAAAUAGCGAUUUAGACUUAAUUUCUUUUGAAGUUUUAACAGAAGAUCAAGAAUUUUGUGGACAAUCUAUGAUACCAUUAUCGUGUUUGCGAUCAGGUAUUCGAUCAAUUCAACUUUAUGAUAAAUAUAAUGAACGAAUUGAAAUGAGCAGUAUACUUGUUGAAAUAAACUUUAACAAAUUAUAUAAAAUGGUUAAACAGGAUGGUGGAGAUGAUGAAAUUUAUCCGACAAAACAACAAUUAAAAUUAUUACAAGAAUCUCAUUCAUCAUCGUCACGUUCGUCAUCUAUCUGUUCAUCAUCAACUGGUUUAUCACCAACAACAUCAAUAAAGUUUCACCCUAAUCCUAUUUUAUCUGAAACAACAAUUGAACAGCAACAACAGUCGUUAACAACAUUGCCAUCAUCGAGCAUCAUUAUUGAUCCGGAUUUAGCUCAACAUAUUGAAUAUGAAUUAGGCCUUACAAAGAAAAAUGGCAAUGGUAGUGGUGGGACGAGAAAAAAUGCAUGGGGCAAUUUGUCCUAUGCUGAGUUAAUAACAAAAGCAAUUAACAGUAGUCAAGAUCAACGACUAACAUUGUCUGAAAUAUAUGAUUGGAUGAUUAAAUAUGUACCAUUUUUUAGAAAUAAAGUGGAUCGGAACAGUAGUGCAGGGUGGAAGAAUUCGAUUCGUCAUAAUUUAUCGUUACAUAAUCGCUUCAAACGUGUACAAAGUGAGGGUACUGGAAAAAGUUCUUGGUGGAUAAUUAAUCCGGAUGAAAAAAAUUCAAAUUCUACAUCAGUUACAAAACAAACACGACGACGUUUACAACAACAACAUUCAUCACCAACGACUAAUAAUUCUAAUAAUAAAAUGUCUCGUACAACAGUUCAACCUCGACGUACUCGUCAUGCACGUACAACGAAAAUGAUGAAUGAUAGUAAGUCAAAUUCUGUAAAUACGACUACAAGUAUCGAACGAACUUCUUCGACAUACGAUAAUUCUAAUACUCAUUCGUCAUUAUCAUUACCAUUACCAUCGUUACAAAACGGUAGCGGACAUUUAUUGCCGCCGUAUGAUACGUCAAAUUACGAUCAACAAUGGCCACAAUCACAUACCGACGCACUUGAUACAACAAGUCUUUACGAUCAUUCUAAUACAACAGAUUUAUAUCAUCCGUACGACGCAUUUGACGACGGAACACGAUAUCACAAUGAGGCACAUUAUCAACAACAACAGCCGUCGUACAAUCAAUCACCGUUUUGUCCGUCGAUGUAUCAUCCAAACUAUCAUCAACAUCACCAUCAAACUGCCUAUUAUCAACAAGAACAAACACCUUUAACAGUCUCAGUUGAUAAUUAUACACCAUCUUACAAUUUACAAUCAAAUGAGACGACAGACGAUCAACACAAUAAUUAUUUGUCAAGAGCACAUUCAUCGUCAUCUCAUUCAUCGUCAUCACUAUCACCACCACAACUGAAUAACACUCUUAACUCUACUGUUUAUCCCACAACAGUCGCCACAUCAUCAUCUUCUUCACGUACACACAGCUUAAGUAGAAAGUCAUCUUUAAACAGUUUAAUUCAACCACCACAACAUUAUGAAAACUAUUUACCUAAUCAUGUUUAUCAUAAACCCGGUUAUCAUCAGUCUAAUACGGAUGGUGGUGGUUUAAUUUUCAAUGGUCAUCAUCACCAUCAUCACGACAUUGAAACAUUGCUACAUCUAAAUUCCGUAGACGAUGAUAAUUUAUCACCAAAUACAGUGACUAUUAACGAGCGGUUUUAUACCGGUGGACAACAACAACCUCAACAACAAUCAAAUUCAAUAUUACGUACAGUUUUAAAACGCACGCAUCCAUUUGUAGUUUUUCAACUUGUGAAUGAUUUGAAAGGCGGCUGGUAUCGAAAAGAAAAGUGUCAGACGUUGUUAAUGAGCUAA